AUGUAUGGUUUGUGCUUUCUGGUUUCUUUGUUCAGCUCCGUCGCGUUCUUUUCAGUCACUACGGGCGUUGAACUUAUGCUUUGCAUUUACGCCAUCAGUUUACCUCCAUCGAAAAUAGUUAUGAAGUCAACGCGGAUAUUCGGUUCUUUCAGCGAGAGUAUGGCGUUCGUGAAGCUGCUUCUGUAUUCGUUUGCGUGUAGAGCGUUGUUCUUUUCUGUUUUCCUGUUUGCC